GGUUUUUAUUCCACUCCCAUUAAUAUAAUCAUCUUCAGUUACCUUUUCAAAAACAAUGUUCAGAGGUUGGUCAGUCUAGUCCUUUCACUAUGGAAGUAUGUGGCUGAUCUUUUAGAAGAAAUUGAAUUGUUGGGAGUAAACUGUUUGAUACUUAAAUGGAGUUCAAUCUAAAAUUUGAUGGAGAUGGUGAUGAGAUGUUGUUAGACACAUUCUCCGUAGUGAAUCAAGUAGAUAUAAAAUUUGUUGUUGGAGUUGGUCACUUUCUGUAGAAUCCGGAACUAGAAUAUUGGAAUGUCGUUUUGUCUACUGAUUUUUUUAAGAGCGACUAAUUUUUUAGUCUACUUGAUAUAAUUGGUAUUUCUAAUGCAAAUUGGCUGGAUAAUGUAUGGAUGGAAGGCCAAUUUCUGGUUUCGGUACUUUUGCUGGUUGAAAUCUAGCUGAUAUAGGAAGAAACAAAAUGUGGUGGCUAGAUCAAGUGUUGAAGCUUAGCACAUAAACCUAGUACUACAUGUGAGAUGUUAUGGAUAAAGUUCAUGCAGGAAAUGACUAUUUCAUGCCAUAUGCCAAGCUAGCAGUUUAUAUUGAUUCUGUUCUGCUUCAUAUUGAUGGGGGGAUUGUGGCAGAGCAGCCUCUAUCUUCAUCUUUCAGCAAAGAUUCAAUGUCAGAUUCUUUGAAGAGGAUAACAUUGGUUGGUAGUGAUGUGCAAGGUUUUGUCCACUAUGCAAAAGUCUUGCCUCUAAACUUUUCUGUUAGUGAACACUAUGCUAAGGACCCACCUCUACAACUAUCUAUUGAUAAUUCAUCUGCCUCUGAGAUUGAAGAAGAUAGCGAUGGUGUUUGGAGCAUUGUCGGUGGCAAGGCAUCUUGCCGCAGGAUCUUUUCCCUGGAUGUUCAUUUGUUAAAUGCUUUUGGAGAGCCUGUAAACAAGGAACUUGAGGUUGUCGCUUCACUUUUGUAUGCUGACAAUGGUGGCCCUGUAGAGAAGACAAAUGAUGGAGAAGCUCCCCUCUUGACAAGCUAUGAUGGAAUUGAAUAUGCUUCUUGUGAUAGACCAAGUAAAAUAUUGCAUGGAUGUGCUUCCUUUAAGCUGAAGAUAUCUCAGCUUUCAUCGAAGUGCGACAACAGGUUGUUCCGUAUUAGGUUUGAAGUACCAAAAGUUUCUGGGUAUCCUUUCCUGGAGGCUCUCUCCCAUCCAAUUCGUUGUAUCUCAAGAAAUCGUAAUAUACGCACAUUCCCUGUGAUAAGCAAAAAAACCCCAGCCGCUAUCCAUCCACUCGAUGGAUCUCUAUCAUGCGGAUUUGAUGAUGGAUCUGUAGAAUUUCAACACAAUACUGUACGAGAAGCAAAACCUAGUCCAUCAUCAAAGCGGGUGAGGUUGGAACAAGAAAAUAUAUCUGUCAUGGAGCAACCUGAGGGGGAAUGCAACUCUCAUCCCUGGACUGCUAAUAAGGCUGAGAAUGCAUUUGCAAAGAGUUCGAAUGGGAGACACGAAAACUUUGUGGAAGCAGACAGCUCUCCAUCCGAUUCUGAGAGCACUGGAGCAAGAAACUCAUCUUUUAAGAGUAUGUCAAGUAGUGGAAAUUCAGUUUCAGAUUUGACAAUCUUUAAGUACUGCCUGGGAAACUUGGCUGAGAAAUCUCGUGUGCUUAAGGAGAUUGCAACCUCUUCUUCUGAUGAUGAGGUGUUGGAGUUUGCACAUCAAGUAUCCAUUUUCUCUGGAUGUUCUCACCACAGGUAUCAAAUAAUCAUUGCAAAGAAAUUGAUUGAAGAAGGAAGAAAUGCUUGGAAUUUGAUCUCUCAAAACAACCAUCAUGUUCAUUGGGGUAGUGCAAUAUUCGAGAUUGAGGAGCAAUUCAUGAAGAUUUCAUGCUGCUGUACUAGAUCUCUCACACAACAGGACUUCGAGCUUCUGAGGAGAAUUGCUGGAUGUGGAGAUUAUCUGGCCCAAGAAAACUUUGAGAAGCUAUGGUGUUGGUUAUACCCUGCUGCUUUUACGUUAUCUCGAGAUUGGAUAAAUGCCACUUGGAAGUCCACAUCACCCAAGUGGAUAGAAGGAUUUAUUACAAAGGAAGAAGCUGAAUAUUCACUUCAGGGCCCAAGGGGCCUUCAGGAGCCUGGAACAUUUAUUCUCCGGUUUCCCACUUCAAGGAGCUGGCCCCACCCAGAUGCAGGAAGCUUAAUUGUGACUUAUGUUGGCACCGAUUACACCCUCCAUCACAGGCAGGUUUCUGUUGAUUAUAUUUACAGGGAGAAGGAUGUUAAAUCUCUACAGGAAUUGUUAUUGGCAGAGCCAGAGCUCUCUCGAUGGGGAAGGAUCAGAAGAACUUAGAGAGCUUGUUGAGAUCUAGCGAUCAUAUUAUCUUUCUUUCAGUACUGGCGGCCAUUUUUUUGUUUUU